AUGCGCUUGACACCAUCGCUGGUGAUCUCCAUUAUGGUCGUAAUAUUUUUCAAGACCAUGCAAGCGGCGCGAUGCCCGACCGAUGAGCUGUCGCUGAGUAAUUGUGCCGUGGUGAACGAGAAGGAUCUGCAGUCAGGACAACAUGUGACGGUGAAGACCACACCCAACCACAAGUUUGUGUUCACAGUGACAACCCACCACACUGUGGCACCCGGGAGCAUCGCCUUCAGCCUGCCACAGAGGAAAUGGGCCGGCCUCUCCAUCGGCCAGGAAGUGGAAGUGGCCAACUACAACUUUGACAAGUCCAAGCAGUGCAUUGGCGCCAUGACAAUCGAAAUUGACUUCCUGCAGAAGAAGAGUACAGACUCCUCCCCCUACGACUCAGACAGGAUGGCCGCCGAGUUUAUCCAACAGUUCAACAACCAGGGCUUCUCUGUUACCCAGCAGUUUGUGUUUAGUUUCUGCGACAAGCUGUUUGGCUUGAUGGUGAAAGAUAUCGAGGCCAUGGAUGCCAGCAUCCUCAGAGGAGAACCGGCUUCUGGAAAGAAACAGAAGAUCGACAUCGGACUGAUGGUGGGCAACAGCCAGGUGAUUUUUGAGAAGGCGGAAAGUUCAUGCCUCACACUAGUUGGUAAGGCAAAGACCAAGGAGGCUCGACAGUCGAUCAUCAACCCAGAAUGGAACUUUGAGAAGAUGGGAAUCGGAGGUCUGGACAAGGAGUUCUCCGACAUUUUCCGCAGAGCCUUUGCUUCCCGAGUCUUCCCUCCAGACAUUGUGGAGCAAAUGGGGUGUAAGCACGUGAAGGGCAUCAUGCUGUUUGGUCCCCCUGGUUGUGGUAAGACACUGAUGGCCAGGCAGAUUGGCAAGAUGCUCAACGCCCGCGAGCCGAAGGUCGUCAACGGCCCCGAGAUCCUCAACAAGUACGUGGGAGAGUCUGAGGCCAACAUCCGCAAGCUGUUCGCCGACGCAGAGGAAGAGCAGAAGAGGCUGGGAGCCAACAGCGGCCUCCACAUCAUCAUCUUUGAUGAGCUGGAUGCCAUCUGCAAGCAGAGAGGCACGGGCGCCAGCAGCACGGGCGUGCACGACACCGUGGUCAACCAGCUGCUGUCCAAGAUUGACGGCGUGGAGCAACUUAACAACAUCCUGGUCAUCGGUAUGACCAACAGGCCUGACCUGAUAGACGAUGCCCUGAUGAGGCCUGGCAGGUUCGAGGUCAAGAUGGAAAUUAGUCUGCCGGAUGAGAAGGGGCGUGUCCAGAUCCUGACCAUCCACACCAACAAGAUGCGAGGCUACAACCUGCUCGCCCCCGAUGUCGACAUCAAGGAGCUGGCGGCCGACACCAAGAACUACAGCGGCGCGGAGCUGGAGGGGCUCGUCAGGGCCGCUCAGUCCACGGCCAUGAACCGGCACAUCAAGGCCACAUCUACGGUGGAAGUGGACAUGGAGAAGGCCGAGAAGCUGCAGGUCACCAGAAGCGACUUCAUGGGAUCUCUCGACAACGACAUAAAACCUGCGUUUGGUACGAACCAGGAGGACUACUCCAACUACAUCAUGAACGGCAUCAUCAAAUGGGGCGACCCUGUCACUCGUGUCCUUGGUGACGGAGAGCUGCUGGUGCAGCAGACCAAGAACAGUGAUCGCACACCACUGGUGGCUGUGCUACUGGAGGGCCCGCCCCACAGUGGAAAGACGGCCUUGGCAGCUCAGAUUGCAGAGGACUCGGAGUUCCCCUUCAUUAAGAUCUGCUCUCCAGACAAGAUGAUUGGACAUUCGGAAAUCUCCAAGUGCCAAGCUAUCAAAAAGGUCUUCGAUGACGCCUAUAAGUCACAGCUCAGCUGCGUAGUGGUGGAUGACAUUGAGCGUCUGCUUGACUACGUCCCCAUCGGGCCUCGUUUCUCCAACCUGGUGCUUCAGGCUCUGCUGGUGCUGCUGAAGAAAACUCCACCAAAGGGCCGGAAGCUGCUCAUCAUCGGCACCACGAGCAGGAAGGACGUUCUGCAGGAGAUGGAGAUGUUGGACGCCUUCAGCACCACCAUCCACAUCCCCAACAUCUCUACCGGGGAGCAACUCGUCGACGCUUUAGAGCUGCUGGGGAGCUUCACAGAUAAAGAGCGGGCCAGCAUCGCACAUCAGCUCAAAGGGAAGCGAGUGUGGAUCGGCAUCAAGAAGCUCCUCGUCCUCAUCGAGAUGUCACUGCAGAUGGACCCUGAAUACAGAGUGACCAAGUUCCUGUCUCUACUCAGAGACGAGGGGGCUGACCGCAGCUUCUACGAGUAG